AUGGCUCGGGGUGGGGCGGGGGCAGAGGAGGCCUCCCUCCGCUCGAACGCGCUGUCCUGGCUGGCCUGCGGGCUGCUGGCGCUGCUGGCCAACGCCUGGAUCAUCCUUAGCAUCUCAGCCAAGCAGCAGAAGCACAAGCCACUGGAGCUGCUGCUCUGCUUCCUGGCGGGCACGCACAUCCUCAUGGCGGCCGUGCCCCUCACCACUUUCGCUGUGGUGCAGCUGCGGCGCCAGGCCUCCUCCGACUAUGACUGGAAUGAGAGCAUCUGCAAGGUCUUUGUGUCCACCUACUACACGCUGGCCCUGGCCACCUGCUUUACUGUGGCCUCCCUCUCCUACCACCGCAUGUGGAUGGUGCGUUGGCCAGUCAACUACCGCCUCAGCAACGCCAAGAAGCAGGCACUGCACGCCGUCAUGGGCAUCUGGAUGGUCAGCUUCAUCCUCUCCACCCUGCCCUCCAUCGGCUGGCACAACAAUGGCGAGCGCUACUACGCCCGCGGCUGCCAGUUCAUUGUCUCCAAGAUCGGCCUGGGCUUUGGCGUCUGCUUCAGCCUCCUGCUGCUUGGGGGCAUUGUCAUGGGGCUGGUCUGUGUGGCCAUCACCUUCUACCAGACGCUGUGGGCCCGGCCCCGGAGGGCUCGGCAGGCCCGGAGAGCGGGGGGUGGGGGUGGGGCCAGGGGGGGUGGGCCAGGGGGCUUGGGUACCCGUCCGGCCUUCGAGGUGCCAGCCAUCGUGGUGGAGGAUGCCCGGGGGAAGCGGCGGUCCUCGCUGGACGGCUCUGAGUCGGCCAAGACAUCUCUGCAGGUUACCAACUUGGUCAGCGCCAUCGUCUUUCUCUAUGACUCCCUCACAGGGGUGCCCAUCUUGGUGGUGAGCUUCUUCUCCCUGAAGUCGGACUCGGCUCCCCCCUGGAUGGUGCUCGCUGUGCUGUGGUGCUCCAUGGCACAGACGCUGCUGCUGCCGUCCUUCAUCUGGUCCUGCGAGCGCUACCGCGCCGACGUGCGCACGGUGUGGGAGCAGUGCGUGGCUAUCAUGUCCGAGGAGGACGGCGAGGACGAUGGGGGCUGUGAUGACUUCGCGGAUGGCCGAGUGUGCAAAGUUCGCUUUGAUGCCAAUGGGGCCACAGGGCCAGGGGGCAGGGACCCCACCCAAGUAAAGUUGCUACCUGGACGGCACAUGCUCUUUCCACCUCUCGAGAGGGUCCACUACUUACAGGUCCCUCUGUCUCGCCGUCUGUCCCAUGAUGAGACCAACAUCUUCUCUACUCCUCGGGCACCAGGCUCCUUCCUGCACAAGUGGUCCUCCUCUGAUGACAUCCGGGUCCUCCCAGCCCAGAGCCGGGCCCUUGGGGGGCCCCCUGAACACUUGGGACCAAGGCAGAGGCUGGAGGACGAGGAGGAUGAGGAGGAGGCUGGAGGCGGGGGGCUGGCCACCCUCCGCCAGUUCCUGGAGGGUGGGGUUCUGGGCUCAGGUGGGGGACCCCCACGGGGUCCAGGCUUCUUCCGAGAGGAGAUCACCACCUUCAUUGACGAGACACCUCUGCCUUCUCCAGCUGCCUCGCCGGGGCCCUCUCCUCGCCGGCCCAGGCCUCUGGGGGUCUCACCCCGCCGACUCUCCCUGGGGUCCCCUGAUACCCGAGCCAUUGGACUUCCUUUGGGGCUCAGUGCAGGGCGACGCUGCUCCCUGACAGGAGGCGAAGGGAGCACAAAAGCUUGGGGAGGAUCCUGGGGCCCAGGGAACCCCAUCUUCCCCCAGCUGACUCUGUGA